GAAAGCAGAUACCAUCCGUAAAAGAAUUCUGACCUGGGCUGAAGACAGAGCGUACGAAUCCGAAAAUCAGUGACGCAGAUUUUUGUCCCCGACUAUUCGAUGGAUUCACCCGCUUGCCGUCGCCUGAAAGCAAUUCAAGGCCAUCUGGUUUCCACCGCCGGCGACACACAGUUGCAGCUUCGGACGAACGAGACUGCUGGAGAGUUCGUUAGCGGGCAGGGCUAUAGUGUUGUACUUCCAGAAAAAUUGCAAACAGGAAAGUGGAAUGUGUACAGAUCUGCACAAUCUCCUUUGAAGCUUGUUAGUAGAUUUCCAGAUCAUCCUGAAAUUGGAACUUUGCACGACAACUUUGUGCAUGCAGUUGAGACAUUCCAAGAUUACAAAUAUUUGGGUACACGAGUUCGGGUGGAUGGAACAGUUGGAGAGUACAAAUGGAUGACAUAUGGAGAGGCAGGUACUGCUCGAGCGGCAAUAGGUUCUGGCCUAAUAUACCAUGGAAUACCAAAAGGUUCUUGCAUUGGACUAUAUUUUAUCAACAGACCGGAGUGGCUCAUUGUUGAUCAUGCUUGUUCAGCAUAUUCUUACAUAUCAGUUCCUUUAUAUGACACUCUUGGUCCAGAUGCUGUCAAAUACAUUGUAAAUCAUUCUUCUGUACAAGUGAUAUUUUGUGUCCCCCAGACGUUGAACAUUUUGCUGAGUUUCUUGUCUGAGAUCCCAUCAGUUCGUUUAAUGGUGAUUGUUGGGGGUUUAGAUGGACAAAUGCCAUCACUUCCAUCAAAAACAGGAGUCAAAGUUGUAUCAUAUUCAAACUUACUUUUUCAGGGCCGCAGUAGUCCUCAUCCUUUUUGCCCUCCAAAUCCUGAAGAUAUUGCAACCAUCUGCUACACUAGUGGUACAACUGGGACACCAAAGGGAGCUGUAUUAACUCAUGGAAACUUGAUUGCAAAUAUUGCUGGUUCCUGCCAUACCAUCAAAUUCUACUCCUCAGAUGUUUACAUAUCUUAUCUUCCUUUGGCACACAUUUAUGAACGGGCUAACCAAGUUAUGGUAGCAUACCAUGGAGGUGCAGUUGGUUUUUACCAGGGGGACAAUUUAAAAUUGAUGGACGAUAUGGCUGCUUUAAGACCAACUAUAUUCUGCAGUGUCCCUCGACUAUAUAAUAGAAUCUAUGCUGGUAUUAUAAAUGCUGUAAAGACAUCUGGUGUUCUAAGGGAGAGGCUGUUCAAUGCUGCAUAUGAUGCCAAGAAACAAGCAAUAAUGAGUGGUAGAAAUACAUCACCCAUAUGGGACGGAUUAGUAUUCAAUAAAAUAAAGGCAAAACUUGGAGGGCGAGUCCGGUUUAUGGGUUCAGGUGCCUCACCUUUAUCUCCGGAUGUCAUGGACUUCUUGAGGGUAUGCUUUGGUUGUCUAGUAAUGGAAGGAUAUGGAAUGACUGAAACUUCAUGUGUUAUAAGCUCAAUGGAUGUGGGUGACAACUUGUCAGGUCAUGUUGGUUCUCCUAAUCCUGCCUGUGAGAUAAAGCUUAUGGAUGUUCCUGAAAUGAAUUACACAUCUGAGGAUCAGCCCUAUCCUCGUGGUGAAAUCUGUGUCAGGGGUCCCAUUGUAUUCCAAGGCUACUAUAAAGAUGAAGUGCAAACGAGAGAGGUAAUUGAUGAAGAUGGCUGGCUGCAUACAGGAGACAUAGGGUUGUGGUUGCCUGGAGGACGCUUAAAGAUCAUUGAUAGGAAAAAAAACAUAUUUAAGUUGGCACAAGGGGAGUAUAUAUCACCAGAGAAGGUUGAGAACGUAUAUGCAAAAUGCAAAUUUGUCUCCCAAUGUUUUGUAUAUGGUGACAGCUUGAAAUCUUGCUUAGUAGCAAUUGUCUCGGUGGACCAAGAUACAUUGAAGGUUUGGGCUGCAGCUGAAGGCAUCAAGUAUGAAGAUCUAGGGCAACUUUGUAAUGAUCCAAGAACAAAGGCAGCUGUCCUGACUGACAUGGAUGCCGUUGGAAGGGAAGCUCAGUUGAGGGGUUUUGAAUUUGCAAAAGCUGUAACUUUAGUUGUUGAACCGUUCACUGUGGAGAAUGGCCUUCUCACUCCAACAUUCAAGAUUAAGAGACCUCAAGCGAAGGCUUACUUUGCAACAGCGAUAUCAGACAUGUAUGCCCAACUUUCUGCAUCUGAUCCAGAUUCCCAGAAAAUGUUGUGAACUAAAGCGUGUAAGAAAUGUAGAAACAAAUAAUAAGAGUCGUGCUUCUCAGUAGAGGGACUUUGGUUCACUUCCACUUGAGUAAUAAAACCGCAAGAGGUGGGAAAAAAGGUGCAUCAAGGUGUCCUUCUGCUCUUAAUAAGAUAUCAAACCCCCGUAAGCAAGGGUGUUGCAAGUUACACGAUACAAUUAAAAUGUAUCAAUUUUCUCGACAUAACUUAAAUUUGAUUGAUUUAUUAGUUGCAUUCAAAUGGAUUGUAUUUAUGAUCUAAUUCCAACAUAAUUUGAUAUUGAAUGAUGCCAUUAGAGUGCGGAGGUGCACUUGUAUAUGUUUGCCAUUUGAAAUAAUGAUCUACCAUAAAUUUAAUCUUA